AUGAGUUAUCGAGUCACGCAGCGAUGCGGCUUAACAGCGCAAAAAACAUGGCUCUUCAGCCCUCAGCUCCUCGCCGCGCAGGCGCGAGCCCUGCACACCAGCCCAGCUGCAUAUCAAACAAAAGCUGCUGCCCCUACAAGAGCUGUCACCCCUACUGUUAACAAGGGCUUUCGUCCCACUUCCAAGCCGCAGAAGCCUAUAAACGCGGCUGUUAACCCUCCUGCUUCAACUCGUCCUCCGCCGCUGGAAACCGUUGAACCCCAGUCAUCAAAGAUCAAGUACUACUUCAAGCUGGGCAAAGCCUAUGUCAUCUUUUUCAAGGAUGGCGUGAAAGCCAUCAUGGCGAACCGCAGGCUGGUCAACGAAAAAGUCAAGGCCUUGCCAAACGAGGAGCGGCCAUCAAUGUUCAAGCCGCACCAUAUUCCCAGCACAUUCUCACGCGCAGACUGGGUGCUGUUAUGGCGAACGAGACACGAUCUGAUACGACUGCCCCUCUUCGCCCUGUUCUUUCUCAUUGCUGAGGAUCUAACACCUAUUUUGGUCAUCUUCUUGCCCGGAAUCUUGCCUUAUACAUGCCGAUUUCCGAGACUUCUAAGCAUCACACGAGAAAAAGCUGAGCAGCGACGUAAAGCUGCUUUCAACGAGCUGGAGAGCCGGCACCCUCAUGGUGCGCCGAGUCCCGGACUCACAAAGGGCGUGGCACAUCGACACCUCCUCAAGUCUUUGGAUCUCUCAGGGAGGAUGUGGGAUCGCCUAGGAUUCACUCCCCCAGGCAUGUGGGCUAUCAAGGGCAGACUGCGCAUGAUAUUCCUGGAAAUCGACGACCAGCGGCUACUCCAAGAUGGAGGUCCCUUGGGCCUUGAAAUUGAGGAGCUACGACUGGCCUGUUCUGACCGUGGCAUCAAUAUUCUGGGCAAGAGUGAGACGGAGCUCAAGACGAAACUUGGCGACUGGCUACGGUUGACGGCGGCCGAGGACUUGGGAGAGCGGAGGCGACGCAUGGCGACGUUGCUGCUAACGAGACCUGAGAAUUGGCCUCAGCAACGCGAUUUCGCUGUCCCCGAGUGGGAGCUAUAA